ACCUACUGAAACGGAUUAUGACGUCUCCAAUCGCUUUUGCCGACAAAGCCAAAAUGUGGUCUAUAUUUAUAUUUCCGCGUUUGAAUGUCAUUUAUUGCCUGGAUAAAACAGAGUUUUGUUUAAAAACAACAACAAAAACAAACGAUACUAUUAACAGCAGAGCUUUUGAGACAGAAAAGAAUGCCUCUUUUUGUGAACCGUGACCAAGUAUUUGCGCACCAGGUGCACCUGCUGGAACACAAAUUAAGAGGUAAAGAGGAGCGAAUACUGGAAUUGGAGACCGAGAAUGCUAUUCUUAAUGUCAGGCUCGCUGAGUCCUUGGCAAAGUUGCAAGAAGAGAAGGACAUUAAGGACUCCAACCCUCUACAGGUUGAAAAUAAGAUCACCCGCUCAUCCAUCGCGAGGCUAAUUUCUGAGGUCCAGACCCUGAAACAGUGUCUAAGCGAACUUUUUGCCGUCUAUGUGAGUUUUGCCACUGAACUGGAGGAAAAGAGCAAGCAGCUACAGGAGAACGUAGAACAACAAAGAUGCUAUUCUCUGAAGGAACGUGGCCAAGACACUGUUGAAAAUUUACAAGCCCGUUUGACCGCUCUGGAGCGCUCUCUGGCGGAGGAGCGAGAUAGAUGCGGAGCAGAGAGGCAGAGGAGGAAAGAACUUCACAACACAUUAGUGGAGUUAAGAGGGAACAUCCGUGUUCAUUGCAGGGUGCGUCCUCUUUUACCUUUCGACCACGUCCAGUCGUCCCCCUCUGGAUGGGGGCCUGCAUCAUCGGAGCAAGUGAUCCAUGCCAUCAGUGAUGACACUGUGGUUGUGAACUGCAUGAAGCCAGGAGUGCCAGCACUCAACAAGAUGUUUGAAUUUGAGAGGGUUCAUGGGCCAGAGGACUCCCAGGAAGCUGUGUUUGAGGAAGUCAAGCCCCUCCUUACCUCUUUGCUGGAUGGCUACAAUGUGUGCAUAAUGGCGUACGGGCAGACAGGAAGCGGGAAGACUUACACCAUGACGGGAUCCCCCGAGUUAGAUGAACCCUCAGGGCUGCAGCAGGGCAUCAUCGUAAAGGCCUCCGAGGAGAUCUUUCGGCUGAUCUCCGAGAAGCCCUCAGCAAGCCACGCGCUGGAGAUGUCGGUGAUGGAAGUGUACAACAACGACGUGUUGGACCUGCUGGCCAAAGACGCGGGGCAGCGCCGGGAAAAAGUGACAAUGCCCGCCGGUUCCUGUCAGGUCGCCUCCUUGAUGCAAGAGCCUGUGUGUGACGCCUGCGAGGUGAUGCAGAUCAUGAGUCGAGUGCUGCGGCUCCGAGCUCACUGCCCCACUCUUGUGCACACCGACUCGUCACGCUCCCACCUGAUCGUCACACUCACUAUCUCCUCCAAGAACCCCAACGCGCAGGCCCUGGCCCGCCGGCUGCAGAGUGCCAAGAAGAGCAUGCAACACAGCACCCAAAAGGAGUCGUGGAGUCCAAAGUCUCGCCGAGCCAACCCCACCGUGCGGAACUCGCCGGAAGAUGGAUUCCAAAGUCCCGCUUCCUCUCCCUCGCUGUCUCCAUGCGCCUCCCCGAGAUUGGGCACCUCGCAGAUGCCAUUUCAGACCAAGUUGCAACUGGUGGACCUGGCAGGGAGCGAGUGUGUGGAUAUGACUGGAGUGUCCGGUGGAGCACUGUGGGAGGUGUCGUGCAUCAACCGGAGUCUCUCAGCUCUGUCGGAUGUCCUGGGCGCGCUGGCCGAGCAGAGGCCGCACAUCCCGUACAGGAACAGCAAGCUCACUCACCUGCUCCAGGAUGCCAUAGGGGGCGACGCCAAGCUGCUGGUGAUGUUGUGCGUGUCCCCCACCCAGCACUUCAUCACCGAAUCCCUGCAGACGCUUUCAUUCGGCGCGAGGGCCCGCCAAGUGCAUCGAGAUCCCGUGAGGAAGAAGAGCAACACACUCAAAGUUAAGUGAACAAUGACGGAGAAGAAUACGAAAUAUUUCCACUGCCGGUGCAUCUCACAGAGGCGGGAAUUUUGGGCUCUUAGGGCCAAACGCAUUGAUUAGUCAAAAAUUCAAAGUCAGAAAAUGAAUUGUAUUUCGUGUAGAAUAACUUGUUUUGUGGUAAUGAGAAGAUACAAGUUUAUUGUUAAAUAAGUGAAACAAAAUGUAGUAACACAUUUGAUGAUUGCAUCCGCAGGAGGUAUUUUCGCACCAUUUGCGUUCAAGUAGGGUCGUAACACUGCCACGAUCGAUGCUGUUAGUUAGUAUGUGUAUGGAGUUUUGCAUUAUGAUUAGCAGUCGGGCGGUUGUUUUCAAUACACAACUUGUAAUUCUGUUUGUUUUAUGUUUAUUUUGACAAACGCCAACUGGUAGUGGCAUUACUAGUCAACUUAGUCUCUGUUUUUGAUGAAUUGUGUAACAAAAAGUUGAAUGCAAAAAAAAGUUGACUGCU